UAAAGAUGAACUAGGUACCGGCUGAUAAGAUUAUAUGGAAGCAUGAUCCAUGCCGCAAGAAUUGCUUCAGGGUACUAAGAGCUCCUGAAUUAACACGUUUAAUUAUUCUCGUUAAAGUAUAAAGUAGUAAGUGUACGAGUUGCUGAAAACCUGUCUGUGUAAUAUGUAUUAUUUAUACGCUUUUCUUAAACUGCCAGAAUUGUGGACUGCAAUAACAAAUUUUGUAUACUCGAAGAAAAGUAUUAUAUAAACUUGAAGACUUGAUUAAAGUCCAAAAUCGUGAAAGAAACUUUGUAAUGUAAUAUUAUAAUAUAUAUAUAUUUAUUUAUUGAAAUAGAAAUUAUUUUCAUGCAAGGUUUUCUAUCGUAAAACGAUUGUUGAAGUAUAGUUUAAAUAUACGGACUAAUAUUUCAAGACGACAUCACACGAAUUACAUUAAAUUCUAUUGUUUUAUUAAUAAAUUUACCAUCAUGCCUCUGAUUAGUCAAAAUGGUAAAGAUACUAUUAUUUUUGCAUCUAAAGAAGAUCAUGCAACGCCUUGUACGAUCGAGCUUCCAGAACCAGAACCAAGUCCUGGAUUGAUAUUACCUAAUGGGGAAAUUAAUUGGAAUUGUCCCUGUUUAGGUGGAAUGGCAACUGGUCCUUGCGGUUUAGAAUUCCGUGAAGCUUUUUCAUGUUUCCAUUAUUCUACUGCUGAUCCAAAAGGUGCUGAUUGUCGUGAGCAAUUUACAACUAUGCAAAUAUGUAUGUCAGAUUAUCCUGAAUUAUAUGGUAGUAAAGAAUCAGAUGAUGAUACAAAUAAAAUAUCGAAUUCUGAUAUGGAUACUGUAAAAGACGUUGCUGCGGAAAGCAAUGAUAAAGUUAAAAAAGAAAUUAACGAAGGAAGUUGACUGACAGAAACAAAACAAGACACUUCUGGUAGAAAUGAAGAGAUGAAAUAUGUUGCAAUAAAAUAAAAUCAAUGCACUGAGCAUUUUACAAUACA